AUGGCGAAGAAGAGAAAAGAGAGGAUUCUAAAUCCCGAACCCUUCGUUCCCGAAGGCACUGAAUAUGCCAAAUCCAAAAAAUCCUCCAAAGCCGCUAGAAAGCACCAACAGGAAGGGGACCUCAUUGAUUCUCAUAUCAGUUCUAAGAUUAUGAAACAGGCUUUGAUUCAGCUCAAGGAAGUCGAAGACGAAGAUGAAACUAAUGAGCAACAUGUUACCAGAACUUCAUUCAACAGACUUGAAGAAGAGCCUCGCAAGGUGGAGGAAGAUAAUAACGGUGAUGAUAUUGAUGAUAUUGAUGAGUUUGCUGGGUUCGAUGAAAAUCAAAGCCAUUUUGUGGGAUUUGAUGAAAUUAACGAGGAUGACGAGAAACUGAUGGAUGCAUUCUUAUCCAAGGACCCAGGUUCCCAGACAACACUUGCAGAUGUUUUGGUUAAAAGAUUAAAAGCAAGUGAUGCUACUGCUGUUUCAGAGAAUCGACCAAUGCCUAAAUUGGACACAUCUGUAAUGGAGAUCUACAAGGGGGUUGCAACUCUUCUCAGCAGAUAUACAGUAGGCAAAAUCCCCAAGGCAUUUAAAUUCAUCCCCUCAAUGAAAAAUUGGGAGGAGAUCUUGUAUAUUACUGAACCUGAAAAUUGGUCACCAAAUGCUUUGUAUCAAGCCACUAUUCUUUUUGCUUCGAAUUUAAGUGCAAAAAGGGCUGAGCGUUACUACAGGCUUGUGUUGCUUCCAAGAGUGAGAGAAGAUAUAAAAAAGAACAAACGGCUGCAUUUUGCUUUAUAUCAAACAUUGAAAAGGUCAUUGUACAAGCCUGCUGCUGUCUUUAAGGGAAUACUGUUUCCACUAUGCGAGUCACGCACAUGUACUCUAAGGGAGGCCGUCAUUGUUGGAAGCAUUAUAGAAAAGUGUUCUAUUCCUCCACUCCAUUCAAGUGUUGCGCUAAUGAAGCUUGCAGGGAUGGAAUAUUGUGGCACUACAAGCUAUUUCAUCAAGCUUUUGCUGGAGAAGAAAUAUGCUUUGCCAUAUCGUGUGGUUGAUGCAGUUGUUGCUCAUUUCAUGAGAUUUGAAAAUGAAACUAGGAAAAUGCCUGUUAUAUGGCACCAAUCACUUCUUGCAUUUGUGCAGAGGUACAAAAAUGAACUGCAGAAAGAAGAUAAGGAUAAUUUAAAGCUUCUUCUGGAAAAGCAAAAUCAUGCAUUAGUUACACCUGAAAUAAGUAGAGAGCUAAACAACAGCCGUAACCGAGGUGAAAAGGAGGAUGAUCUCAUGUCAAUAUCCGCUCCAGUAUCUGUUAUUAACAAGACUAUUGAAGAGAAUAGAUUUGACAUUCCAGAUGUACCAAUGGAGUUGGACUGA